CCUCGAGCGCGCAUCAAGCUUGACAGCAUAAUGCGCGCCCCCGUGUUCCCCCGGAUGCGUGUUUACUCAGUCUCCUCUCUCCACCCUUGAAAUGAGAGAGGUACGGAGUGGAAGGGACAUCGUUUUACAAGAAAACCUCCACGAACGGACAUCCAAGAUCAAGACCGGCCGACAGACGAGGGCGAAGCGCGAAGAGUCCAGGUGUAGCGCGUGGAAAAAUUGAUUCGACACCAAGGUCAAUUAUCUUUCUAUUAAAAAAAACUUAAGACACGGAGAAAUCACGAACCUCUGAGGAUGGAGCAGGUAUACGGGGCUGGCAAGGCUGGCGGCACCUUCGAUCCAAUUACGUUCUUUCAGCAGCCGCAGAUUAUUCUUCGAAUAUUGUCAUGGAUCUUUUCCAUUGUGAUCUUUGGAUGCAUUGCUAACGAGGGCUAUGUGAACCGUCCAGACGAGGUGGAGGAGUAUUGCAUCUUUAACCGCAACCAGAAUGCCUGUAACUAUGCCGUGGGUAUGGGAUCCCUGGCCUUCCUCUGCUGUGCCGCUUUUAUGGCACUGGACGUCUACUUUCCUCAGAUAAGCAGCGUUAAAGACCGCAAGAAGGCUGUGUUAGCUGAUAUUGGUGUUUCAGCCUUCUGGUCUUUCGUGUGGUUUGUGGGAUUCUGUUUCCUGGCCAAUCAGUGGCAGGUGGCUAAACCAGAAGAUAACCCCCUCAAAGAGGGUGGAGACGCAGCCAGAGCAGCCAUCACCUUCGCCUUCUUCUCCAUAUUUACUUGGGCUGGUCAAGCUUUUUUCGCAUUCCAGAGGUACAAGUUAGGUGCGAGCUCGUCUCUCUUCUCUCAGGACUAUACUGAUCCCAGCCAGGAUCCCGCAGGAGUGCCUGCUGCAGGCACGGAGUACGCUGGAUACAGCGCUGACAUGGAGGCUAAUUAUGACGGCUCUGGUGGAUACCAGAACCAAGAAUACUAAGGUCGAGUAUAAGGCUGUACACAACAGACUUAACAAGCUAGGCUGACUGGGUUGCAUGGGGAAAACAAAUAUUUGGGGUGAAAAGGACAAACAGGAACUUAUUUUGGGGUAGAAUAUAGGGACCAAAGCAGGCUGACAGGAAUUCAGGGGUUUGUUUUGUGCUAAAAGAACCCCUUGUGGAAUUAACGUUUGGUGACAGUACAUGAUCAAUGAGCGUUUCAUUACGUCUAUAUUAAAAUAUGAUAUUUUGCAGUUUAGAGACUGUGGCAGAGGAUCUCUAGAAAGUGUGUGUUUUUUGUUUUUUUUGCCUUGGGUUUUGGGCUUAUGGGUUUGAUAAGAUUGAUUGAUCUACAGAUGUGUGUCCAUCCUGGUUUAGUACACUUUAUCCAGAUUUGUGAAAAGAAAUCUAAACUAAACUAAUGGAACUUUGUCUCUAAAACAGUCAUAGGAACUAACUAGCUUAAUAUUGGCCAUACAGUAAUAGUGAGAAAACCUGACCAAACUAAAUAUUUCUAAAGACCACAGUGUCUUUUUGUUGGUAAAGUGUAGGCGCUUCAAUUGAAUAUAUCGUUAACCCUUAACCUGUCACUAGAACAGAUACUGCAUUGAUAGCUCUCUUCUGCCAUUUUGUCAAUAUCCAACGAUCUUAAAAGAUAAUUUUUAACAAUAUCAUGUUCGGGAUUACAUCAGUCUCUGCAUUGUACCAAGAGAGAAACUGAAUGGUAUAGACUAUAAUGUAAUACAGAGAGUGAAAAAUAUUGAGAAACAAUUAAGGUACAUUUUUUAGAGCUGCUGAACUGCACGUUUUUUUUUAAGUUGUGCGGCUAUGAUUGCAUUAUUUAAGGUAUGUUUCUUUACAGAAAGGCGACAUUUUAUAUGCACAGUGGUCCCAAACAGUAUUUGGACUCUUAAGCAACAUUUAAAUAGCAUAUAUGUCUGUCAUUGCACAAAAUAUCAAACCAGUGUCAUUUAUUUUAAAGAAAGACAUCACAAGCACACUUUUCAAGCAAAGCAUUUCACACAAAGUAAUUUGUUGGUUUAUAAAUUCUAAAACUAUGGACCUAUUGUAGCUAAGUCAUCGCCAAAUAAACAACAUUUCGCGGGCAAAAGGCUCCAAUGUCUAUUGGCGAUAGUUUAGCAAUAUACGAA